AUGUGCAAGUCUACAACGGGAAAACGACCUGCGCCUCCAGCUGAAGACCGCGACUCACAACGCCGUCGGUUGACAAGUCCAUCGGACUUACUUGACCUGUCCUCUACGCCUGAACGACCUGCAAAGCACGCCUUCAACCCGUCCAGGCCUCAACAAGCAAUUAACCGUCUCUUGGUAUCCCCAGAUCACGCAGGUAAGUCUCCAUCUGCCCUGGCUGAAGCCAUGAAUUCUUCCCGGGCAACCAAGUUCAAGCCUCAUCCCGCAAUUAUCGCAAGGGUGUAUGACUUCGAGUUUGGCAGACGCGGUCUAUCUGUUAUGCAUUUCGUCCGAUUUGAUUUCGCAGCUCGCCGAGCCUGGGUACUUCACGUGUUUGCCGAAGAAUUCUUCGAUCAUGCGAAGUGCCGACUGCUUAGCUGUGCACGAGAAUUCAUUGAAGAAUUACGUUCCUUCUGUCACUGGAGUGCUCAAGAUAUUGCCACGCUCACAUUCUGGUUUGAUAGUGUCAUGGAAGAAUACCGCUCAGCUUCAGAGCAGGACGCUCGGCUUGGAAGCUCGACCCGCUCCACGAUAACGUCCAAGCGGUCUCUACAAGACCCAGAUCUGCAAAGUGUGCUAUAUAUCAUCCAAUCUGAGCGUCUUGAUGCCUUGGGGACUGCGGCAAGUGCUCUACGGCGGCCGCCAUACAAUUCCGCAAGGACAAGCGAUCCGUUUCGCCGUUCCGAUACGACUCGUGCGAAAAGAAAAACACUUCGCGAGGUCAUCGAUGUCUUGCCACGCAAAGGUCGACAACGCGUGCGCAUGAAGAACUUAUCGGCAAGUGGCUGCGCUUCCAAAUCCGACGACCGACCCGACUGCGAAUCUCUUGCAGCUGCCCGUAUCGGCAGACUCGUUUCAGCCUUUCGAAAGGCCCGCGUUUCGAUUCCAGCAUUGCUAUCUACUGUUAGUCCAGAUGAUGCGGCAAAGCUUUUCGAGGAGCACGAUAUUGUAGUCGGCUUUUCUCAGGUAGUAAAAACGCUGAAGCUGUCACUGCAAGAAGCCGUAGCUCUAUGGCGCAACGAAUCUGAGUCGGAUUCGCGUCCAUACAAGGCACUCGAUCCGAGGUGGCUCGACAUCCUUCUCCAUGGUUACCGCUAUCGGCUAAGUGUGGUGAAGACGGCUACACACGGGGUAACCCAUGCGUUUACGUCCCCGCAGGAAGCCGACAGUAUGCCGGUCAGCAACCACAAAAGUUCUUCCCAAUACACAACAGUCUUUAUCAGGAGCAUUCGCGAAGGACAAGUGGACGGGACAUACAUGAUGGUUACGAUGGACGUUGCCUUAGCCUGGUCUGAACUUCGAUUUAGCCCAUUUGGAUGUGUACCAAAGCCACGGGUCAACCCCCAAAUCGAGACUCACUUAAUUCACGACCUCUCUUGGCCCGACGACAGCUCGGUUAACGCGCGCUCGACACAAGAAGAGUUACCCUCGCUUCACUUUGCGCCAGUUAGUCAUAUUGCCCAACGCAUCGAAGACCUUGCAACUCGCUAUCCAGGAGAACGCAUAAAAAUUCUCAAAGGUGACGUGAAGUGGGCAUUCCGAAACGUCCCAGUCGCUGCGAGUUUGGCAGCCCACUUCGCGGGUUCCUGCAAUGCCGAUACCGCCGUAGUAGUUUUGUCGCUACCUUUCGGCUGGACAGGAUCGUCGGCGCAUUACGGGGAAUUUGGUGGUGCAAUUUCCUUCAUGGUAUCGAGAGAGAGCCCAAAUUUAAUGGAUCCAACCGACCCGGAUACAGACCCAUUCUUUUCGUAUGUUUGGGUAGAUGAUCAUCUUCUAGUGGAAAUCGAUGACGCCAACCGACUGAUGCUAGCAGAAACCGCUCUCAAAUUGAGUAUGAUGGCCACGCUCGGUCCAUACGCGAUCAAUGACAAAAACAUUCUCGCCGUGGUCUACCAAACUUUGCGCACUGGGACUCGUAUGGAACACGGACAGGAAGACCGUCUCGAUGCCCAUUACAAAGAUCACCAAGGCAGUCGCAAGAAUUUCCGAGGCUUUCAACGCCAAAUUCAUUCAGAAAAAGAAACUAGAGAAGCUCCUUGGGUCGCUUCGCCAUGUUGA